AUGAGUGACGACGAUGUUAUUAAUACUCAUACCCGUUUACGACGUCGUAGUCGUAGUAGUAAUGCAAUUCUUAACUCCUUGACGUCGGUAUCAAGUAUGACAGGUUCUGAUACGAAGCAAGAAACUACGAUAUUAUCUCCUAAUACUAUAGGACUUGGAUGCAAUGACUCAGUGGACCACGUAAAAAGCACUGGACGUCGUCUAAGUCAUUCUGGAUUCAAUCCAUUUCAACAAAGUAAUGGCUCCAGUUCAUCGUUUCGAUUAAAUAGUGCAGGAUCAAGUUUUCGAGCAGGAGCAGGUGUCCCCGUCUCGUCAUCAGCAUUACGUAAUCAUGCAAGUUUUUUCAUGAUGGACAUUGAUGCUGCACGACAAUCAAUUGAUGCUCGUCAUGGAGCCAUGAAGGAUGAAGAGGAAAAUGCAGUACCAGAUGGUGGAAAAUUGACAAGGAAUAUGCUUGAAGAUUCUAAUACGGAAAGAAGAAAAAGUGGAGCCGAGAGAUGUAGAAGAGCCUCAUCAUUGGAUUCAAGUCCACCAUUGCCUCCGGAUAGUACAAUAUCAGCAGAGGAAGUGAUUCGAGAAAGCAUGGCCAGUGCAUUAAGCUCGUCGUUGUAUACGGACAAGGACGAUUUUUUAAUACCACAUCAACGACGAUCUACUACAGUGAGUGGCACUUUGACAGCCAAUGAACGAGACUCGUUGGCCUUGUCGAGACAUUCACGAGAUAGUUUGGCAUUUUCAUUUUCAAGUCGUAGUACAUUUCGAAGAAGUACAAUAUCGGAGCAAAUGCUGUAUGAGACCGACUUGUUUGAACCAGAACGUGAAUUAAGUGCUCAGGAACUAUCUGAAGUGCUAAGCGGCUCGGAUGACGAUAUUAAUAGUUAUGAAGUUACCAGCAUAAAGGAGGAAGAAGAGGACGUUAAACUUGAAAAUGCCAGAUCGCGGUGGGCACAGCACGUCAAGCUCAAGGCACGGAGUUUUCUCUACUCUACAGUAGCGGGUAACAAACAUGGAGCACCUGCUGCUAGUGAAAGUAGUAAUGGGGGUGCCCUAUCUUCGAUAACGCCGACGUCAGCAGAGAUAUGGGCAAACAAACAGAAGCAGAUUCUUGCGCAAAUGAGUAGUGGCAGUGGUGGCUUUAGUGCCAUACCGGGCAUCUCGUCAGCUACAUCAACAUUCACACAGCAUCAUUCGCUGCUUUCCCCACGACCAUCAUUUGGACCAGCGACUAAUAGUGGCGCCAAGUUCCAGAAGUGGAAUCGAUGGAUGCAUGAUCGAUAUCAGCAUAAUUUCGGCAAAGCAGUGCAGCGUACUUUGAAGGACGAGGUUUUACAGCGGCAGCAACAGCAACAGCAGUUUCCGUUUCCAGCGCAUCAGCCAAUCCCUGACCCAACAACUCUUAUCUCGAUUGAGGAAGUUAUUAGCAACCCGCGUAUGAUGCGCUACUAUGCUGCAUGGCUUCCUGACCCUGCAGACCAAAGUAAAUUGUUUUUUCUCUGUUCCUUUGAGGAGUAUCGUCAAUGUUGGUGCACGUUGCGUGCUAACUACCAGAAAAAACCUCUUGCGAAGGAUGAUGUGCUCAUGUUACGCACAUACGGCGUCAAGAUUGCAAUGAAAUACUUGGCGAAAAACGCUCAAUUUCCAAUUAAUGGUCCUGCUGAUGCUGACGAAGGAGGAAAUGAAAAUGACGAUCCUCCACUUGUGGAUUCUAACAAGCUACGCUCUAUCAAACGUGACCUAGCUGCUGGGGGUGAAGAUGCGCUACGCACUUUUGACGAUGUCGCCGUGAAGGUGAAACGCGUGCUCAUGUUCAAGUUUCCUGAGUUUCGCAAAACGGAGCUUUACACUGAGAUGCGGAAGACCGUACAGCGUGAAGUCAUCUGCCUAGAGGAUAUACUGAUGAACCACCGGUUUGCCAACUUCUUUUGGAUUUUCCUUUUCCCACACAACUAUCAUCGCGAGAUCGCACUGUGGUUGGACGUUGAAUACGAGUUCAAGCCUGCGUUUCGCAUUUAUAUGUUGCUCCUCAAGUCUAGCGGCAGCUCCCGAAAUGCCACGGGAUCUAGCAGCAACCAGCGUCGUGAGCGCAUUGAGCAGUCUGCUUACCGAUGCAGAAGACUGCUGAAAUAUAUUUCACAAAAAUACUACGCUGGAGACGCUGAAAUGCAGACACUCACGCGCACGUUAGUGACGUCCUGUGCCCGACUUCAGGCUGAGCAAGAUGCAAUUUUGACGAAGUUCAGUCUUCUUCAUCUAGAGUUAUAUCAUCGUUUUCUGACGAGCCGCGCUUACGCUGAAUUUUCGCUGUAUCCAAAGCUUUUGCCUGAGGAUGAGAAGGAUUCCAUUGACGACUCCAUGCGACUCUCCGCCCUGCUUAUGAGCUAUGGCUUGCGUGCACACCAUUGGGCUGGUGGUGGCACGGGCUCUUCAACGUCGAAUGGGUCAACCCUGUCGUCAUCUUCCACUGCUUGUGAUGCUGCAAGUUCAACGCCAAAGAAAAAGACUCUUGACUCACUACGUAGUGCGCGAAGCUUUGACGCUAUCUCGGGCGUGCUUACCUUUGAAGCUGUAUCCGUGCCAAUGACAGCCGAAAAAGCGGAAAGUGAUACUGACGAAACCGGUGUGUAUGAAGACCCGAUUGAACUGCAGGUAGUACAGCAUCAGUUACCUCAUGACCCAACAACACACGUCGUGGACAAAUCUGUCGAGAAUUUUCUUGUUCCUUGGAGUGCGGACCCUAGGCAUGUGGUUCUUACAGCUUCAUCCUGUCCAGCACCUCUUGCGUUUAACUUUCGCAUGGGUGACAGCAGUGCUGGCGCCUCGGCUGCUGAGUUAUUUGCGGCUUGCAUUGUGUUAUACAAGCCAGCACCCCCAUUGUCGUGGUGCAUGUUAAAGACAUCUCGGAUAGAAUCUUCACGUGGUUGUCGAUGGGUGCCUUAUGGCGUUUGUGUGCUGUCUAAAUUCCCAAUGGUGGAUCUUCUCCGAGAGCGCCUUGCGGAAGCGUAUGAAUUCAUCCUUGAGCUUGAGACUAUCGCUGCUGCAGCACCAACAAGUACUACUACCGCGGAUGGUAACGGGACUAUUCAAAAUGGUGGUCAAGGUUUUCAGCUAGACAAGAAGGUCCUUGCUAAGCUAACCCGUGCUGUCUCAAAGGAACAAAUCUCGCAAUAUCACCAACCAUCACCGUUGCCGAAGUCACCACUUCUUGAAGCCUCAGGCUUGACCCCGAAAGCUUCAGCCGCCUCACUGCUUGCAGCUCUUCCGCGUCUGGACCACUCCGUCCGUCUCCUGUUUGACACAUUAGACGUUUCCACUGUGCUUCUUAUGUUCACCGCAGCUUUGCUGGAGAACCGCAUUUUGUUGGUUUCGUCAUACUUUUCUGUGCUCAUGAAGGUUGCCGAGUCUCUGCGAGCACUCAUGCACCCGUUGUUCUGGCCUCACGUGUACCUUCCUGUUCUUCCACGUCGAAUGCUUCAGUAUCUUGAAUGUCCGACGCCUUUCAUUUUUGGCGCCGAGAAGCAAGCGCUUGACGACGCGCAACGUCAAGUUAUUGAAGAAGGUGGUGAUGACCUAUUUGACGGGGCUGGCGAAGAGUUGCUAGUUGUGGACUUGGACAAGGGAGCUGUUUUACGCGGAGAAGUACCUUGCACUCUUCCUGAUAAUGUGCGGUUUGAUCUGCGGGACGCACUUUAUGAGUGUCUCAAGCCUAAUGUGAGUCGUAGUGACCACGUGUUCGCUCAUCACUUCCCGAGUAAGCCACUCGUGUUUCCUGAGGUCGCUGUCCGCGGGCUUUUCUUACGAGCUGUUAACAAGCUCAUCGGUGACUUUGGUUACCACCGUUACGUUUGGACGGACGAGUUUGCGCGCAAGCGCACCGUCUUUUUUGACGAGGCCAGCUACCUUGCAGCUUCCACACCUGACAUGCGCGAGUUUCGAACACUGUUCAUCGCCACGCAGGCUUUUUCAGAAUUUAUGGUCACACAUCACGGUUUUGAGGAACAACCAGGCCAGUCAAAUGGCAUUACGAGACCGUCAACCACAAGACCGUCUACCACAAGAGCGUCUACCACAAGAGCGUCUACCACGAGACCAUCUACCACGAGACCAUCUACCACGAGACCGUCUAGCACGAGAUUGUCUUCUACGAGAUCGUCGACAUCCUCGACGUCCUCAUUGCUGCCACAAGAAUAA